GUUCUAUCACAUGUAGGCUGCGUGGGCAGUGUGGCUGGUGCUAGGCAAUUGCAUUUCGCCUGUUUCGCCUGCCCCUCCUACGUCAUGUGGCACAGGUAGCUUCCCCCGCCCAACAGCACAUGUGUAGUGAUGACAUACACCAACCAUAAGUAUUAAGUUAGCUGUUCUGCACGAUCACAUUACCUCUUUCCUAUCACCUCACUGUUAAAACCUAUUGUUACUCUCUAUUACAUUCGCAAUAACGACCUAAAUAAGCCAUGUCUGGAAGCAACGUCGUCCACGUCAAGGGCAUUGCCCCCACGACAACCGAGAAGGAAGUUCAUGAUUUUUUCAGCUUCUGUGGAAAAAUCUCCAACUUGUCUUUGACACCUGAGUCUGGUGAAGCUGACGCCAAGAAGUCCGCUACGGUUACCUUCGAGAAGGAGACCGCCGCAAAGACAGCCCUCCUCCUCGACAACACCCAGCUCGGACCGUCCGCUGUCCGUGUCGAGGCAGCCCACAGCAUCGACGACAUUGCCGGCACCCAUGCAGCCAGCGCCAACGAAGCCAAGGACGAAAACCACCAUGACAUUGAGCAAGAAGACAAACCCCGCUCACGCAUCAUCGCUGAGUACCUCGCUCACGGCUACGUCGUCAGCGACCAGGCCAUCCAGCAGGCGAUUGCGCUCGACAACAAGCACGGCUUCUCCAACAAAUUCACCUCUGCACUCUCCAACUUCGACACCAAAUUCAAAGCCACCGACCGCGCCAAGGGGCUCGACGAGAAAUAUAAUAUCACCAACCAGGCCACUACCGGCUGGCGCGGCUUGACCUCGUACUUCGAGAAGGCCCUCGAUACCCCCACCGGCCAAAAAGUGCGCGACUUUUACGUCCAGACUGAUAAGCAGGUUCGCGACAUCCACAAUGAAGCUCGGCGUCUGGCGGAUCUCAAGAGCGGAAAGACCCCUGCUGAGACUGCUGAGACUACUGGUCCUGGCGCCGUUGGUGAGGUUGCUGCCGAGCCCAAGCCUACCGCAUAAGACUUUUCUUUUCAUUAUUAGUGUUUCGUGUUAAUUCGGUUGCUUACGACGUUUCGACGAGGUCAUGAUGAAAUAAUUCUAUUCUGUUCUGUUCCUUUUCAAGUGCUUGUUUCAAGAGAACGGGUUUCCUGUAAAUACGUAUGAAAUAGCUUAUACUCGACUUUGCGAGGAUUCUACGUAUACAUUGAGAAUUAAACUGUUAUACAACUUAGCAAUAAAAAUCUAAAAAUAUA